AUGGCGGCUCAAGUACGCAAUUGCACAGAGGAACGGUUCUUGCGAUGUUGUCCUGCUUCCAAGCAAAAUAAAGCAAGAGCUGCCAAUCCAGCAGCGUUCAAAGUAACAGCACUACAGCUGGCUGCAUGCCUACAGGAGUCCUGGCUGGAAAUCGGCUGGGUUCCGGACUGCACACCACAUUUGUCGAACAACUCUUCUGGUGCUAGCAGUGUGCCAGAUAUCCCAGCCUGUGCAGCCGAGUUGAUCCCUUGCCAUGCGCGGUUCAGCUGUUCUGUUGUGCAAGGCCCCACGGCCUGCUCUCUGCCCGCCGGCCCCACCUCCAACGCCGCACAAGCUGUCCUUGUAUUGUGCAGCUGCAUGAAAUGUGGUGCACAGGAGCUUCACCGCUUCUCCUAA